UCUGAACAUGGUCAUUUAUUGGCUGAUGGUGAGGGCCUUGCUGCUAUAAGUUCUGUGCAUUUACCAAUGUAAAAGCACCAUUCACGGAAACAACAAGAUGGGAGUCAAAUCAGCAUCAUCCUGUACGGACGCCAAAAGUCAUAACAUGGUCAAGAUACCAAAAAUGAAGUGCCUGCAUCUGGACACACCUCUGAGGGACAGUGUACCAAUGUCCAAACUGGCUGGGACCACAGUGUACCUUAAACUUGAUAAUGCACAGCCCACUGGUUCUUUCAAAAUCAGAGGAAUCGGUCAUCUGUGCAAAACGUGGGCAGAACGCGGCUGUAAACAUUUUGUCUGCUCUUCGGGAGGCAACGCCGGCCUUGCAGCUGCCUAUAGUGCAAGAAUGCUCUCUAUCCCAGCCACCAUACUUGUUCCCGUCACCACUCCCUCAUUCACCAUCCAGAGGGUUAAGGACGAAGGAGCCACAGUCUGUGUGAUAGGAGAAAUAUUGGAUGAGACUAUUGAACAUGCAAAGGAGCUGGUGAAAAAUAACCCAGGAUGGGUGUAUAUCCCACCUUUUGAUGACCCAUUAAUAUGGGAAGGGCACACCUCACUGGUGAAGGAAAUAAAAGCCAGUCUCCCUUCAAAACCCGGGGCUAUCGCCCUGUCAGUGGGUGGAGGAGGAAUGCUUUGUGGGGUAGCCCAGGGGCUUAGAGAAGAAGGAUGGGGAGAUGUCCCAAUCAUUGCUAUGGAAACUAAAGGAGCACACAGCCUCAAUGCUGCUCUGGGAGCUGGUGCCUUGGUCACUUUACCAGAGAUUACCAGUGUGGCAAAGACACUGGGGGCCAAAACUGUAGGUGCACAAACUCUGAAGGUGGCUCAGGAGCAUCCAGUGUUCUCAGAGGUCAUCUCAGACCAGGAAGCAGUUUUGGCUAUUGAGAGGUUUGCAGAUGAUGAGAAGAUGCUUGUGGAACCGGCUUGUGGUGCAGCCCUGGCUGUUGUAUACAGCAAUAUUUUAGGGAAGCUACAGCAGCAGGGCAAAUUAAGCUCUCAUCUCUCGUCAAUUGUCAUUAUUGUUUGUGGAGGGAACAAUAUCACACUGGCACAGCUCAGCCGGCUCAAGGAACAGCUGGGCAUAGCCGCAACUUGCAAAUCUUAACAUUACUUUUGGGAUCAUCUACUAUAUACGCUAUACUACAUAACUCUUCCUGAAAUGAACAGCUCUACUCUUGGUAUCUUCAUUGCAUUACUGAAGGGAUAUGCUCCCAGACUACCGUCUUUGUUGAACACUUAAAUAUAAGGAGUGUCACCAUGAAAACAGGGUUGCAGAUACCACAGGAAAGAGAUUAUAAAAAAAAAUGUGUGUCCUUGCUGUCAGCUCUGGGUGGUUAUAAAGAUUAGGUAUAUGCUAAUCUCACCAGUAUUCAUACAGUAUGGACAUUUGUUUCAUAAGGCCAGAAAGGGAACACUUGUAAAUAAGUUAUAUGGAACACAAAUCCAGUCUUUUCUAGGUUCAGCUUUUUUAUUGACAGAAUUGUACAUCAUGUGACAGUCUGAGGAGACAUAUGGCCUUUGAUUCACCUACUUAAUUUCCCCCCCCCCCCCCCCACCAUAAACUUUCAGGAGGGAUCUGCUAAGCUUUGGUGUACAUUAUUUUUCAAGCAUCCAAUGUGUUUUAAUAUAUAUUGUAUAUACACUCUCUUGGGAGGGGACUUCAUAAAAAUGUAAUGCAGGGCAUUACAUAACAUCCAUCAACAUAUACAAACAUACAAAUGAACAAGUUAGUUAAGUUAUAAAGAAAAACUAAAAGACUGAGUCAUUUACUUGAAGCACAUUUUAUAACUACCAUUAUCUGUUUAAUUUUGUAUCAUAUGUACUGAUGUCUCAGAACCACUGUUUGCUAUUUUUUUAUUAUUAUAUAUAUAAAAAUAUCUAGAAUAAAAAAUAAAAAAAGGACUGGUUAAUGUAGGUUAUAUUUCACUGAAAAAGAAAAACCCAAAUCCCAUACAGUUGGCAAUAUUGUUUUGGUCUAGUUGACAUGACAGAUUUUCUAAUGCACUUCAUGACAGGUUUAUUAAAAGACCACUAAACAUAAAUUGUAAACCUUCAUAUCGGAGAAUACGUUUGCAAUGAAAGCUGCAGCUUUAUUUAGUCAAAUAAGUAUAUUGUUUUAUGUUUAUUAAUUUCACUGUCCCCCAGAACAAAAGAAUCCUUGCUAACCAAUUACAAACCAAUAUUCAGAUAUGGCACAAACUCUGUUUGCACAUGUGCAGUUGAGAGAGACUGGGGAAACCUGCCCUUAUCUCUUCCCUUAAGGUGGUUUAGCACCGAUUCCUAUUGCAAAAAAAAAAAAAUGCUUCUAUCAUGAUUAUUGAUGCAAAAUUUAUAAUUCAUCUUUUACAAACAUGUGACUGCUGAGAACCAUAGGGUGGAGAGUGAACUAAACAAAAGCUUGCAUAAAUUGACUUAAAGUAUUAACCUAAAUCUCCUUGGGAGAAAGUAAAAUAAUAAGCACAUUUUUAGAUGUAUUUUACAGCAAAAGGUAGCAAAAUAAAUAAUGAAUGUAUUUACAAUAAUGUUUCACUUGCAAUAAUGAAACAUUUUAUGCAUUGUUGAAACGUCAAGUUUAGAUGGUCGUUAAAAAGUUCAUGUAUGCCCAAUUAAGAUGCUCUACAGAAUGGAUGCCAAAAAGGUGGACUGUGAUCUCCCGUGGGGGGGAUCAGAAACAUCACCGUCAUCACUAGACGACCCCACCGCCAGCGCGUGUGUGAGUGAUCCGGGAGAUGCUGCAGUAGGUAAGGUAACCUGCCAGGCAGACCCUUCCCAGGCACCCACAGGGGACCACUAAAGAGUUAAAGAGCUACUGCGGGGGUAACCUUGGAAGCCACUGAGGCUACACAAGAAAAAAAGUGAGACUUGAUAUGCGGUAAGAACAUCUAAUAAUAAAUGUGAUACCGUGUUCUCCAAAAGGAUGAUUUAUAAAAGGUUAAAAACUUGGCUCAAUAUUGAAAACAUGUUUUAAGUAACCCCAAUUACAUGAAGUUGCUCAUUACAUUAUUUGAGUGUUAUUAAGAACUGAUCCUUUUGGGGGUAUAGAUACAAAGCCUAUUUGUUGCAAUACAAAUACGAUAUACUUUCAAAAUUUGGAUACAAACUUAUACAUUGAGCAGAAACAUUGCUACAAGUAAAUCGUAUUUUCUAUCUUUACCAACUGUUACGAUUUAAGUAAUGAAGCUGUGUUUCAAACUAACAAAAAUCCAGAUUACCAAUACGCUCAUAGUAGCGCUUCUUAGAUGGUUUUAUAUAUAAGAAUAAUAUCAAGCUUUCAAUACUACAAUCUGUGUGGGAUUUUCAAAAAAUAAUUCUGAUUUUUUGUGUUUUUUAUGCUGUUUUACUUUUAAAACAAUCUCUCUUUUUUUUUCAAACAGUUCUGUUUUUUUUAGUGUUGCAGCAUUGGUAUAUUCUUACAUUUUCUGAGAGAAUUUGAUAUAAUCUGGUGUAAUAAACUGGGCAUUAUAUCUUACCUUA